UAUGAUUGAUUGAUUGAUUGGGAGAGAAGGUGGUGCACCUAAUAAUUCCUCUCAGUUAGCAGUGCCAGUAACCUCGGUUAGGAAGCAACUAUGGAAGAGGGCGAAGAAUCCGCCACUCCUACUGCUUCAGCUUCCAGAUUGAAGAGGGAAGACUAUAAGCGGACCAAGCACGACUCCCACUUCUCCAAAUGGCAGGUUCUUAUUGGACCUACUGAUUGGGAAGACUACUCCCAGGGGUAGGAAGGAGCGACCAGGUACAGGGUUCACAACCUCCCAGCUAGCUCAGGUCCCGGUUUAUAUGAGCUUGGCGUAGCGGUCUCUCGCUCUGGGCUUGAGCGUGUCGUUGGCAAGCUUGAUCCGGAUGACAUCGUGGUCGUUUACCUUGGCCAAGCAGACAAUGUUAGGAAUCGCCUCCAGCAUUAUGGCCGUUCUGGUGCUCAUUUGGCCAAUGCCUAUGCAACUGGUCACUGGGAUACAAAAAACGACUCUCCUCAAAAGGGGCUUGGUUUAUUCGAGGAGAUAUUCUCCGGAGGCCACUCCAUUGUGUUUAGAUGGGCUUCUAUGAAGGAUAAGAGGAAUGCUGAGAAAACAGAAGCUCAGCUUCUUGACACUUUUGAUUAUGCAUGGAAUAAAGGUAGUAAUGGUGCACGCCGUCCUAAUGAUAUCCUUCUGAACAUUAGUAAAAUUGCUUUAAGCAGUAACAGAUUUUCAAGUAUCUCUAAAAGGCUUUUAUUUCAACGACCGGGUCAAGGGGUUAUUAAAAUUGAAGCAAACAAGCCACUUUCACCAGAAAAAUGUACUAUUCCUGCUGAUGAGGAUGAGAAAAGUUUCCUCAUAGGAAUUUUCAAGUUUAACAGAUCACAGCCUAGAUUAGUUUCAGACAAAUGUGGCAUUGAUCAGGACUUCAUUCACAUAUGUGGAUUCAUCAUGAAUGACAGUAUCCCUUGUAGAAGGCCACCUGUUCCAGGGAGAAAGAGAUGUGAAGGACACAAAGGAAUGAGAAUUUAUGGAUCUAGUUCUAAGCCAAUUUCAGAAGGGAAUUCAAAUUAUUUGCCUGGUGUGCAUCUGGAUCCUAGCACUCACUAUGACCAUGACCAUGCUACUACAUGUGGGGUAAAUUUAGGUGAUGGGAUUUUCUGUAGGAGGCAAGCAGUGCCAGGAAGGAAAAGAUGCGAGGAACAUAAAGGGAUGAGGGUUAACAGCUGUGUCUCUAAGCCAAUAGCAGAAGAGGAAUGCCAUCCUGCGAACAGCGGUUCUAUGGACUGGACAAACAACAUUGUCUCGUCUGGAAGCAGCAUGUAUCAGGGACUUCAGUUUCAUUCUCCAAAUGACGUUUCUAUUGAUGAACAUUUUUCUUCUAUUUGUGGAGCAAUUUUGGGGAAUGGUUCAUUCUGCAGAAGGCAACCCACUCAAGGAAAUAAGCAGUGUUGGCAGCACAAAGGCUGGAGGGGUGAUAGUAAUUUAUCUGGUAGUUCCAUCUCAAGGUUUGAUACAGUCACAUGUUGGCAGCACAAAGGCAUGUAUCAGGGACUUCAGUUUCAUUCUCCAAAUGAUGUUUCUAUUGAUGAACAUUUUUCUUCUAUUUGUGGAGCAACUUUGGGGAAUGGUUCAUUCUGCAGAAGGCAACCCACUCAAGGAAAUAAGCGGUGUUGGCAGCACAAAGGCAGGAGGGGUGAUAGUAGUUUAUCUGGUAGUUCCAUCUCAAGGUUUGAUACAGUCACAUGUUGGCAGCACGAAGGCAUGUAUCAGGGACUUCAGUUUCAUUCUCCAAAUGAAGUUUCUAUUGAUGAACAUUUUUCUUCUAUUUGUGGAGCAACUUUGGGGAAUGGUUUAUUCUGCAGAAGGCAACCCACUCAAGGAAAUAAGCGGUGUUGGCAGCACAAAGGCAGGAGGGGUGAUGGUAGUUUAUCUGGUAGUUCCAUCUCAAGGUUUGAUACAGUCACAUGUGGAGUUGCCUUACAGAACGGUUCUGUCUGCAUGAGAGCUCCUGUUCAUGGAAGAAAGAGAUGUGAGCAGCACAAGGGAAUGAGAGUCUCCACAUCCUUUAGUUGAGGAGUAACAUCAUAGAUUAGAGUAGUGUUGUACAUCCUAACUUGUUGAAUAAUGUUUUAGCUUGCUUUCCCUAACAUAUAUUAGGGAAUGGUGGUUGUACAUCUCUAAAUUUAUUAGAGUAGUGUUGUGCAUCCUAACUUGUUGAAUAAUGUUGUAGCUUGCUUUCCCUAACAUAUAUUAGGGAAUGGUGGUUGUACAUCUCUAAAGUUGUAGUUGCUUGGCACUGUGUCUUUGUGAUUGUAACUGUGGUUCUGCAAGACGCUUUUUGUCGAAUAUCAUUCCUCUUAAAUCA